AAUCAAAAUAAAAGAAAAUUAAUGAAAAAAAAGAAGGAAUUUAUAAGGAGAUCGGAGCACGAACCAGAGAGAGAAAAAGGAGAAAGCUGAGUUCUCCAAUCUUUUUUUCUGCACGAAAACAAAGUCUUGUUGCUCAAAAUUCGAUCUUCUGAGGUUUUUUUAUUCACUCAAUCUCUCCGAUCGCGUCGUUCUGCGCGUUUCUAUAUUCGCAUGAGGAUUCGAAACUCAGAGAAGCUGCUCGGGUUCGCAUCCGAGUAUCGCAGAGCUCCGUCACCGCCAUCGCCAUGGGAUUCCGCCGCCGCUAUCGUAGCCGCGGCAGGGCUUUUAUGCGAGAUCAAUCGUUCGUCUUGUGCCGAAGUUUCGAUUAAUCUACAAUCAUCGAAUUAUCAAAAGGAAGGGUUAGAAAUCUCGAAUGAGGAGAAGGAGAAGAUGGACAUCGCCGGAAAAAGCUCCGAUGAUAAAGAAGAGGAAGUGAAACCAGAGGAAAAAAUAGGAGAUAACGAAGAAAUCAAGAAUGAGAAGGAGCCGGCGAGGAAGAGGAGAGAGAAAGAGGUCGAAGCAACGGGCAUGACGAAAUGCAAGAAAAUGAACGACGAAGGAUGUCACUGCAACCUCAGCCAGCUCAGCUCCUAUCUCCCUCGCUCGGAAGAGCAAAUCUCCGGCAUUGAUAGAGGAAGCGGAAUCGCCUCCAACUCUUACGACGACUACUGCGUUUUGGGAAUCGACAGCCGUGAAACUACCAGUAGAGGCAACAAGAGUUCGGCGUUGGCUGAUCGUCUUAAUGGUGCGGAUGAAGAAGCAAUCGGUAGUGCGAAUCUCUGCAACUUCAACUAUAAGAAGAAGAUGAAGCCGCUGAAGAAGAGAGGGAGGAAGCCAAUGAAGGCUCGUUCUCUGAAAUCUCUUCUUUCUUUUAGAGUUUGUUGAUCUGAUUCAUGACCUGGUAGACGAUGAAGCUCCAUGGAGGUCGAGCUGUAAAUUUCUUCCCACCAGCUCUCUUCUUAGUUGACUAAGGAAGCAGAGAUAGGUUCUGCAUGUAAUAAUUUCUGCGUCUUAAGGUUAUGUUGGGGACAAUUUUCUUA